UCUGACCUAUCUUUAUUCCAGCUAUCGCUUCGAAGGUUUCGCAAUUACGAUGGUUCUCCGAAACCAAUUACUGCUAUUAUAAGAAAGUAAUCUGAUUUCCUGAGGAUAUUUCGAACGAAGAAGCUAUCCUAUUAGCGAGACGUCUUCAAACUUCUUGUCAAUACUACAACUGCGUCAAGUCUACUUCAUGAACAUGUGCUGACCUAUGCUGUAGAAUACGAUAUGGCCACGGCUUUGAAAAAACUUUUUCGAUCGUCAGACAGGGGUGGAGACGACCGAGAAAGAAGCCAGCACGAUGGUGGCUCCCCGAGUCGUCCAUCUUCUGCAAGACGGUUCCUGAGUCAUUGUGCAAGUCCAAGAAGUUCCCGCCGUGACUCUAAAGUUAGUCCAGCAGAGGGCGCAUCUGCUGCAAGAAAAGGACAUCGCAGCCAUUCGUCUAGCGGUUUCUUCAAGUCCAAGUCGUCCACCAGCAAAGACAACAGCGCCCUCACUGAAAACGUAACGAAACAUAAUCAUGCCAUUAGAACGAGGAGGCUUAUGAAGGAAUUCCACGAGAUCUGUAAAGCUUCUCAAAAUGUAGAAGACCCCCCGUUUUUAGCAGAGUUAGUUGAAGACAACCUUUACGAGUGGAAUAUUAAGCUUUUCCAGAUUGAUCCUGAAUCCGCGUUUUAUAAAGACAUGCAAGAGUCAGGGAUAGAGUAUGUUCUUCUCAAUGUCACGUUUCCGGAUACUUUCCCCUUUGCUCCGCCCUUCAUGCGUGUCAUUUCCCCGCUUAUAGAGAAGGGGUUCGUUAUGGAUGGUGGGGCAAUAUGCAUGGAACUCCUCACUCCACGUGGAUGGGCUAGUGCCUACACUGUGGAGGCUAUAAUUAUGCAGUUCGCUGCCAGUUUAGUGAAAGGACAAGGGAGGAUCCCUCGGAAGUGUAAAGGCGGAAAAGAGUUUAGUCGAAAACAAGCGGAAGCAUCAUUUCGUAGUCUUGUGAAAACACACGAAAAAUACGGUUGGGUCACACCUCCUAUGUCCGAUGGUUAGACAGAAAGUUCGUCCUAGGGGCAGGAAGAAGAUGGAUUCACUGUCGUGGCUGGCGUCCAACAUUCCUUGUCGUGUUGUAUUAGUGUAUCCUUCCACGUGAUAGUAGUGAAAGUUUUCUUCACUAGCUGACAUAUUUAAUUUCAUGGGCAGAAAUUUUCCGUAUCGUAGAAUUACAAAUUUGCAGGCUGUACUUGGUAUACAAUUCGAGAAAGUCGAAAAUCAGAGAGAAAACUUCUUAUCAAUCUGAGUCUUCCCAUUUCCUCAGCAUAUUCAUUUUUUCAAGUCUUUAAGAGAACUUCAGCUUUAACACUAUGUUCGAUACUCGAAAGCUACGAUAUUCAUCCAGUACAAAAACGAACGGAAAUGAUAUCUGGAAAAAUAAGAUAAAAGUCCAGUCAUAAUUGGAAGAUACCCAAAGAAAGCUGAAACAUAUGAAAACGGUGGGUAGCGCUUUCUUAUCUGUGGAUAUUCUGAACAGUCAUUAACUUUCCUUUGAGUAUCACUAAGCCUUUUCUUUCAACAAAUGAAUAGGUGGUUGAAGAGCGGACUGAACUCGUAAGAACUGAAGUUUUCCUAAAGCAUCAUCAGAAGUAUUGAUAAACAGAUAUAAUGUGUAUAUAGUUGGAAAUGUAAUAACGGGAUAAUUAUUCAGGUUACUUAAAACUAAUGACAGGAAUACACUCCCCCUCCCCUACUCCACCCCGGUUAAGUUUACAGAACAACGACUUAUUUUUGGAUUCAUACCAAUUAUCGUAAUAACCUGAGGAUCCUUUCAAAUGACUUGUUUUGUCAAAGCCAUGUGGUGUGUAUUAUAAUAUGUUUCAAAUUAUUUUUUAAUCAAAUCAUGGACUAAAAAUAGAUCAAUAGCUGCCCAACCCACGAGGUCUUUCAAAGGAUUACUUUAUACUCAAAUUCACAAUAAGUUAUGUGUGUAUUUAGUAUUUGGUAUGGCUUUUACUAGAUGAUGAAGAUAGGUCAAAGGCUCCCCCUCACAAAACAAAAAAGGAGAGGAAAAACGUUACUUAAUGUAUUUGGUGUAUUGGUACAAAUAUUUGUACAAUAUAUUGCUGCACCAUUCCAGUGUGUCAGUACAAGUAUUUGUACAAUAUAUUGAUGCACCAAUCCAAUGUGUCAGUACAAGAAUUUUUACAAUAUAUUGAUGCAUCAAUCCAAUGCGUCAGUACAAGUAUUUAUACAAUAUAUUGAUGCUCCAAUCCAAUGUGUCAGUACAAGUAUUUGUACAGUAUGUUGCUGCUCCAAUCCAAUGUGUCAGUACAAGUAUUUAUACGUUUACUAGGAAACAUGUAAAAUGUAAGAAUAUUUGUAACUUCAAAAUCUUUAGUUAAACGAAGUCAUACUGUUUUUAGGGUUGUUUUGAGGAUUGGUGAGCAUUACGUCCGUAACUAUCUUUAAUUCUUGAACCUGGGAUCAAAAUGGAAUAGGAAUGUUCCUAUCUUUUCCCACAAGGAGUCUCAUUUUGAUUGUUUGAAAAUACGUAAAUUUAACUCUUAAGUAUUUUACCCUGAUGCUCGUUUGAACUUUAGUGACUUUCAAUGUUAAGACUGCAUCUAGUGCUAAAUUUGAGUAAAAGCCUGACCAAUGAUCCUUCUUUAAAAGGUAUUUUCCCACCGUUAAAAAAAAACAAAUACUAGCAUUAAUCCUCAAAUUAUCGACUUGUUUUAUAUCACUCACUUCUGCUGGGGACGACAUAUCGCUUUAUGUUUUUGUCUGUUGAAACACUCAGUACAAAAGAACUGAUCAAAGAAAUUGGGUGAAAUAACAACUCAUUUUCUAUGUAAAAUAUAAAGGAAAACCUAAUAGUAAUUAGUAGGAUUAAUAACAAUAUUGAUGGUAUUUACGUUUAGAAUUUUUUUGUGUGUGAACUACAUGUUAUUAGGGAUUCUGUAACUAACAAGGUCACGGAUCCAGACACAAUUAAGUAUACUAAUAGUUUAGAAAAAUGUUUAAAAAGCAGAUGGGGACCAUAUGGUGAUUUUAGGGUUAUAUAAUGAUUAUUUUCCUCUAGAACAAAUUCGUAUGUAGCUGGAAAGUCCAGUCCUUUGUGUAAAUGACAAUAUCGUCACAUCUUUGUACUGAAUAAUUACAAUAGUCAUCUGUUCAGAAAUUUUAAUGAUAUGAGGUGAAAUAAAAAAAUGCAAGAAAGUGUGACUGAAGGUUUUAAAUUUUUGUGUGUUUUGUGGAACAUUUAGAGAACUAUUAAACAAUUACUACUUGAAAUUUUGUCUACUUGAAGUAAAUUCGAAUCGUUAAAGUGUAAUUAAAAUAAAGUCUUACAUUAUUUAAUAAAGGAUUAUAACUAUA